UUGAAUGUAUGAUAUUAUUAUUUAAAAAUAUACGCAGUUGAUAUUAAUAAUAUACUGCAGCUACUUAUAUAUAAACUCAAUAUCAACAUAAAACUGUAUACAUACACAAUAUUUUUUUGGGUGUAUACUAGUGCUAUAGACGUAUCUAUCGACGAAAUCUAAAUAAUCAAUAGAAACAAUGAGCACAAUGGAUGAAAUUGAAGAAGAAUCAAGAGCAGCCGCUGCAAAGAUGGUUAUGAACAUGAUGCAAAGACCAGGGCAAUUAGAGAAAGUUGAACAAUAUAAAAAAAGAAUAACUCACAAAAAAGCAUCAAUCGAAGCACAAUUGAAAUCUGCAGUACAAGGAAAACUUGACGGAGUUAGAGUUGGCUUAAGGCAAUUACAAGAAUGUUUAGAUGAUGUACAACAAAUCAGCUUAAAAAUGGAUGAAUUAGAAGACCUAUUAAUGGGUGUACCACCUCUGGUAGCCUCCCUACAAGCAGUAAGGGAAGAAGAUUCACGUCAUUCACAGUAUGUGACAGCUAUGGACAGCUUGAAACAUAUCUUUACAGUCCCUGAAAGUGUUGCCAAAACAAAACAAUGGAUUGGAGAAGGAAAACUGUUGCAUGCUCAUCAGUGCCUAAGUGAUUUGGAAAAUUCAAGGGAUGAUUUACUAUAUGAACUGCAUAGAUUACCCAAUCAAUCAUCCCAUGAUAAAAUCAUGCUUAAAGCAUACUUUGAAGACGUCGAGAUGGUUUCGAACUUGCUCGAGAAGCAGAUUAAGUUAAUUUUAGCUAGGACGUUGAACACCGUCCGCAAGGAGCCUACAGUUAUUGUGACUGCACUAAGAAUUAUUGAGAGAGAAGAAAAAAGAGAUCAAAUGGCAAUUCAGCAACAAGAUCAGUCUGGUUUUAUGCCACCCGGGAGACCUAAAAACUGGCGUACUAAAUCAUUCGAAGUAUUAGAAUGUGCUGUUGCACAACGCGUGGAAGGCACGCGUGUGGAUGAACGAGAAGACAACAAGCUGUGGUUGAUACGAUACCUCGAGUUGACGAGGCAGCUGAUACUGGAGGACUUGAGAGUCGUCAAGACGUUGUGCGUCCCGUGUUUCCCGCCGCACUAUGACAUUGUCAAUAAAUAUGUGAAUAUGUAUCAUACCUGUUUGUCUUCCAGUUUACAAGACAUAGUUCAGAAUGGCUUAGAAGGUAAUGAAUACGUUACUCUAUUGUCCUGGAUUCUGAACACGUAUCCUGGUACUGAGCUGAUGGGCAGUCCCGAGGUCAAAGUAGAUGUCUCCAUUUUACCUCCGCUUCUGAGUGAAGAGAUCAUGCAAAAGUUGCAAGAUGAGUACCUGCAGAAAAUGGAAUCGAACUACAUGGAGUGGAUGGAGAAGACGCUGGAGUCGGAGCUCGCGGAGUGGGCGGGCGAGCGCUCGCCGGACGUGGAGCCGCACACCAGCGCCUUCCACACGCACGCGCCCGUCAUCAUCUUCCAGAUGAUCGACCAGAACCUGCAGGUCACGGAGACUAUAAGCAAGGAGAUCACCUUCAAAGCCCUGCUGCUGAGUAUUGAUCAAGUGACGCGGUUCGGAAAUAUGUAUAGAGAGGGUGUCAUACAGUUCAAGAACUCGCACUUCGCGGACCGCUCGCGCGUGGCGUACUUCACGCACCACAUGAUCACCAUCGUCAACAACAGCGAGCAGAUGGUGCGCCUGGCGCAGCAGACGCAGAGCCGGCGCUGGCCGCCCGCGCUGCACCACCCGCCCGCCGAGCGCAGCUUCCAGCGCCUGCUCGACACCUUCCAGAGUUUGAGAGAUGAAGCCGCUAAGUUUCUUUUGGAGGAGGCUUUCUUGGAUUUGGAAGAACAUUUUGAUGACCUGUUCACCGCGAAGUGGCUCACUUCGAGUAUACCGGUCGACACGAUUUGUGUCACGCUCGAAGAUUAUUUCCAGGACUACAACCAUUUGAGAGAGAAAAAUUUCGAGUACGUCAUAAACGAGGCGCAAAAUCUCGUUUAUAAAAAGUAUAUAACGGCAAUGUUAUCAAAGAAAAUAACGUUUAAAACGGUCGAAGAAGCCCAGCAAGCCGCCACCAAGAUCGUGAAGGAAGCGAAUCAAAUAAGAUCGUUCUUCCGACGAAUCGCGUUGAAUGCUGAAGGUGUUAACGUGGAUUGGCCGUUUGAAGUUAUCAGCGUGUUGGCAGAGGUGCUGCGGUGUCAAGACAUCGAGAUGCUGUCGCUGGACCUGCACGGGCUGCUGGAGAAGUGCCCGGACGUGUCGGAGGAGCAGCUGGUGCGGCUGCUGGCGCUGCGCGGGGACGUGCCGCGCGCGCACGUGCGCGACACCGUGACGCACGUGCGCGCCGCCCGCCAGCCGCGCGCGCAGCCGCACCCCGCGCUGCCGCAGCUCUUCCGGAAUAUCACCUUCAACGACCGUCUACUGUCUCACUUCACGCUGUAGACCAUCAACGGCUGCCGAAGCUAGCACGCCUCCGCGAUAUCAUGGCUUAUUAUGAUGUUUUAUAAUUUUAUGUUAUGUUUGUAAGACUGUGGAGACUGACGUCGCUUAGGAAACAUAUGAACCUUGUACAUCCUAUGUUAUUUUAAAAGUAUAAAAUUUUAUAUGAUCAAAAUUAUAUGCAUGUUAUAAUAAUUGUGGUCGCUCAAUAAGACGUUAUUCAAAGGAGAGUCGUCAUGACGGGUAAGGACUAGAGUUGUCAGGCCCUAAAAUCACGUCAGACUCGGUAUUAAAUUAAGUCGGAUAUUUAGCCCUAAAGGGCGGUAUAAGCGGCGGCGGCGGAAGCCUGCUUCCUGCUUCCGCACGUAGUUCCUUCCCCUGCUUAAGUCCACGCGAGCUGGUUCUCGAUGUCACCGCCUAACUGUGACAUCAAUUCCAUCGCGAAAAAAGAAAUUUGGCAACUCCUUUCUUUGUCGCACUUCCAAAAAAUGGAAUUCCUUACCAGCUCACGUGUUCCCCUCCUCUUACAACCCGGGUUCCUUCAAACGAGGCGUGAAGAGGCAUCUUGCGAGCCGGCAAGGCGAAGGCGGCUAGUGCAGAACGUUUUUCCCGUCUGUACUGGCCGUCGUCACGUUUGGACUCUACUACCACUUACCAUCAGGUGGAGUAGAGUCAUUUGCCCUCCCGGCAAAUAUAUAAAAAAAAGCGUUGUGUCUGCCUACGUUUCAUUUAAUAAAAGCUGGACAUACAAAACACGUAAAUUUUAUAUCAAACACGUCCUAAUAAAUCCAGUUACCUGGCAACCCUAGCCAAGCCUGGCCGAAUCACGCCUACUAUAACUCAUAAGGUAUUAUUUAUGUCAUACAUGUUUUUAAUUACAUUUAUUACAUUUAAAGAUGUUUAAAUAAAUAUAUUAUAUUUCUAUUAUAUAACUUAGUAUUUAUUUUCAAUAUAUUGUAAAAAAA